AUGUUGGAGGUCCAAGAGGAGAGGCCAGCGGCGGCAGGAUCAGCAGCGACACAUUUCAACAAGAAGGAAAGAGGAAAGAAAGACCGGGAAGACGCCAAAGACCGAAACCUUUCAAAUCUUGGAAAUCCUGUUCAGGGCUCUAGAAACGCUCGGGCCAAAGGAACUCUGACAGCACACAGCGGCAGCCCUCACCAGCUCAUUACUUCGCCGUGUUCUGUUGUUCUGGGAGCUCCAUCAAUGCACUCCAAUCGGCUCAAAAACUCCCCGUCCACCAAUACACAAAGCCCUAAACCUAAGACAGAGGUCAUGGUGCGAUCCCCUUCUGUCAUGUCCCCUUCUACUGCCGUCCAAAUGGAUUCUAAAAUGCCCAAUCAGAGCAAGCCAGGAAAUGCCGGUAGCCAAUCACAGCCAUCACCUUGUGACCCAAAGACACUGGGUUCUAAAGGGGGUUCGGGUGUGGCAGGGAGCAUGGGUCUUAAAAACGGCCAGGGUUUGACAUCUGGCCCCAGCUCGAAGGUUAAAGUCAAAAGGGAGAGGAGUACCUCUGUGGAGUCUUUCGACCAGCCAGAGAGUGGCACGCCUACGAGUGAGGAGAAAGAGAGCAGCAGGGUAAAGCGCAUGUGCGUGGCAGAGAGGAGGCAGCCUUACAGUGGGGCUGACUGGUGCUCUGGGGGAGAGAGCGAAGAAGAUGACAAAGGAUUCUUCAACUGUAACAGUGAUGUAAAACCCCAAGACACCCAUUCUACCUCGAGUACGGGACUUAGUCGCUCCUCAACACCUUCCCAUAAUGCUCUGGGGCAAGGCUCAACAACAGAACCUACUAGCGGCCAGAAAACGGGCUCAAAGCUCGUCUAUGUCUUCACUACAGAGAUGGCUAACAAAGCGGCUGAUGCUGUUCUCACUGGUCAUACAGAAAACAUCAUUGCCUUCCAUAUGAAAAACAUCUCCAAUAGCAAGGACAAGGCUCACCUCCUUAUAAACAAUGCAGCAAGCAAUCUUCGGAACGAGUCCAAGCCUUCUCAGCAACCGUCUCAUGUCCAAGAACAAAGUCUCCAGGCUGGGUCUAAGCCAUCCUUGCCUGGCAUGGUAGAGGCAAGCGCAUCUCAAUCUUCAAACCAAGGAGUCCAAACGGGUGUUCUUCCACAAGAGGGGUUAUCUUCCGGCAUAGAAUCCAAAAAUCUUCCUGGCAGUAGUCCAAGUAACACUACAGCACCAGUGGACCAGGCUCCAGGCUCCCAAACUGAGGCUGGUCUCAACCCCUCAUCAGCAGAGGCUCCCGGUGGAGGUUCUGGAGGGACAGGCCUGACCCCGCAGCAGCAACAGCAGCAGCUUGCUCAGGAGCUUCUCAACAUGGAGGCCAACACAGAAGGGUUGUCCCAAGAGCAGCUUGAGCAUCGGCAACGCUCAUUACAAACUCUAAGAGACAUUCAGCGCAUGCUUUUCCCUGACGAUCGGGACGCUCCACCGCCUGGGCCCCCACAGGGCCAUGGUGGUCCUCAUGAUGGAGGUCCUGAUGGUGGCCCCCGCAGAUCUGAGCAGGGUCCUCUACAGGCCAUGAUGGCACAGUCACAGAGCUUGGGACCCCCUGGUCCUGGAGGACCACGUCCCCAAGGACCGCCCUUUGGUCCUCCUCAUGGUCCGAGUAUGCCACCGUUCCCACAGGAUGAAAUGGGUCCACACUUGGGUGGACCAGGAGGCUGUGGAGAUGGGGAGCAGAUGACACCGGAGCAAGUGGCUUGGUUGAAACUGCAACAAGAGUUUUAUGAAGAGAAAAGGAAAAAACAGGAGAUGCAACAUCGACCCAUGCCCGACAUGAUGAUGCACCCACAUGGUCCUCGGGGGAUGAUGCGAGGCCCUCCACCACCAUACCAAAUGGGUCCUGGAGAGAUGUGGGGAGGACCUGGAGGUCCUCCAGACCACUAUCAAGAGCGUAUGAGCAUGGGGCCUGGUCCAAGAGGCAUGGCUCCACAUAUGCAGAGAAUGCCUGGAUUCUCUGGGAUGAUAAAUCCUGAAAUGGAGGGUCCACCAAGACCUGGUAUGGGAUGGCCUGAUGAUAUGCCUUCACGGAUGGGAGAUGGUCGCGGGUUUCCAGGUGGACCAGGGGCUAUGUUUGCUGGUCCAGGUGGUCGUGGAGAACGUUUCCCAAAUCCUCAGUCUGUUCAAGAAGCAAUGUUCCACCAAGGUAUGGCAGGAGAAAAAGGACUUCCACCAGGCAUGAUGAUGGACAUGCAGAGAAUGAUGGGUCACCAAAGGGGAGGGAUGGAACCAGGAAAUGGGAUGGGUUUGUUUCCACGGAUACCUGUAGACGGCCCUAUGAGCCCCUCUUCAAGGCUUCAGGGAAUGGGAGGUAGAGACAUGGGUCCAGAGUUUGGCAUGGGCCCUGGUCCUGGGCCAGGGCCACACAUGCACCCUCCAAAGCUCAGAGAACCUCCAAUGAACAUGAGUCCAGAGGACAUAAUGAGGCUCAGAGCAGGAGGUGGGCCGCCCAUGGACAAUAUGGGUCCACAGGGGAGGCCUAUGCAGGGGCCGCCCUUCCCAGAGCAGGGGCAGCCAGGAGAUUUUCCUAUGGGACCUGGGCGGCCAUAUCCUGGUGGCCCUGGGGGAAUGAGGGGUCCGCAUGGAGAGCAGAACUUUGGUCCAGAGCAUAGAGCUCCACCCUUAGGGGGCAAUGGUCGAAUAAACCACCUCCCCUCUGGUCCUGGGCCCACACAAGGGCAAAGGGGCCGCAAACCAGCUGACCUCAACGUCCAGGCAGGUGGGGCCAACUCCCCUAGUGUCAAUCCUCUCAAGUCUCCUCCUUUGAGACAAGUCCAGUCACCCAUGAUGGGCUCCCCUUCUGGAAACAUGAAAUCCCCUCAGACACCGUCCCAACUGGCAGGUAUGUUGACUGGUCCGACAGGCCCCCCUGCCCCUCCAGCUCCACAAACUUCAGCACCCAUGAAGUCCCCUCACUCCAUGAUGGGCUCAGCCGGAGCCUCUCCAGUCCAUAUGAGGUCUCCUUCUCUUCCAAAUCCAUCUCCAGGAUGGGCUUCAUCACCAAAGCCGCCCAUGCAGAGUCCAGGAGUGCCACCUCAGGGUGGCAAGCCCCCUCUCAGUAUUACCUCGCCAAACAUGAUGGGCAACAUGGAGCAAGGUGGUAAUGGUCCUCCCUCAGCACCUCCUUCAUCAGGAGCGCCAUCUGGACCCAUGUCUCUACCUGGGAGUGUCCCGUCUGGCAGCCCGUACACAAUACCCCCAGAGCCCACGUUAUCUCAAAACCCCCUUUCAAUCAUGAUGUCGCGUAUGUCAAAAUUUGCCAUGCCCAGCUCCACUCCGCUCUACCAUGAUGCCAUAAAGACUGUGGCCAGUUCUGACGAUGACUCGCCACCGGCCCGAUCUCCCAACCUGCCUUCAGGGAACAACGGUAUGUCAAUCAAUCACCAAGGCAACCCACGAAUGAUGGGACCUGGUGGCUCGGGACCUAUGCCAGCUCUCAGUCCUCUUGGAAUGAACCCUAUGGGGUCCCAACCUCUGUCCCAUGGAAUCCCACCACAGAUGCCCUCUCCCAAUGCUCCUAACAUGGGACCGGGCAUGAUGCCCCAUGGCAUGAUGAUGUCACAAAAUCCCCAGGAUCCUGCCAUGGUAAAUCCUCAAAUGAUGCCACAAGGACGCAUGGGAUAUCCUCACCGAAACCAGGGAUAUCCUCUUACGCAGUCUCCUUCUCAGCAGGGACCUUUCUCCCCGCACAAUGGCCCUGGUCCACAAGGUUUCCCUGGACAUCCCAUGAGUUUUCAAGGUGAUGGAGGACCUAUGGGUGGACGGAUGGGGAACAUGCCCCAUGGGGGAGGGGGUGAUGGAGGUAUGUGCAAACCAAACACGCCUGGAGGACCUGAGUUUAGCAACAUGCCAGGUGGAUUUGGCGACGCAGACCUUCAUGAAGUAAUGCGUCCAGGAGCUUCUGGUAUUCCUGAAUUUGACCUGUCCAGGAUUAUCCCCUCUGAAAAGCCAAGCCAGACUUUGUCUUAUUUUCCAAGAGGAGGGGGAGACAAUCCAGGGGGCAAACCGCCGCACCCAUCAGGCUUCCCUAUGCAGGGCAUGAUGGGUGAUGGGCCCUUAAGGAUGGGCAUGUCCAUGCAGGGGAUGGGUGGUAUGCCUGGGGGGCCAGGUGGAGGAAUGGGGCCUCAAGACAUGCCUAUGGGAAACCCAGGACACAAUUCCAUGCGGCCACCAGGAUUCAUGGGCCAAGGAAUGAUGGGGCCUCAGCACCGAAUGAUGUCACCGGGGGGCCCAGGUGGAAUGAUGCAGGGUAGACAAAUGGCCCACCCUGGUCCUGGCGGCUCACCCAACAUGAUGAUGUCGCUGCAGGGCAUGGGCGGCCCCCCUCAGCAGACAAUGAUGAUGGGAGGUCAAAUGAGGCCUCGUGACAUGGACAUGGGCUUCAGUCCUGGCCCUGGAAUGUUCUAA